UGGGGAUCGUAGCGGUACAGUCAUCCACUAUGGGAACGCUAAUUGAGACGCUAACGGAUGCCAAACUUCCAAGGUCGUCACUAUAGACAGUGGGGGUUUCCACUUCCUAUUGCCACAUACUCUAUAGAACGGGAACUACCAACUACCACCUUUUAUUUUGCUACUACUAAGCGAGGAAGGAAUGAUAGUAACAAUUUCCAGGUGGUAAAAAGGUAGUUGCGGUUUGCGUAGGCAGGUGAGAGUUUACAUACUAUUAGUAAGAAGGAACUUGCAUCUCCGUCCUGUUCUGCGCUAUCCCUACCUAUUUCGUACCCAAUCGCACCUACCAAGGUUAUACAAAUUGGAUGGUUACAGGGCAGGCACAUGCCGGAGGGGCCUGUCUGGCAAAACUUUAGAACCAACCUUGAACCUUCUUUUUCGCAAGACCUUGCCGUACGAUUUCAUACACCGCGCAAACCCGUGGGACUGCUCAGUCAGGUCCAACCUUCCCAUCCAAUCUACAAACCGCCCUCUACCACCUUUACCACCUACCCCUCAACUCCAAUCGGGUCGCAUCUUUUCGAAUUACACUAAACUGUUACUAUCACCACCAUGUCUGCCGCCGAAGUAGCUGAGGAUGUCCAAAUGGAUAUAGACGACAAAACGACGACGCCCGGGGUUCGCGGUAAAGCGACGCCUCGCAAACGCCGAAGAAUUGUCAUUAGCUGUACCGAAUGCCACAGGAGGAAACAGAAGUGCGAUCGGAAGAUGCCAUGUACGAAUUGCGUGUCGCGAAACAAGGAAACCUCUUGCCAGUACGAAACUGGAACACCGCUUGCGAAGCCCGAUCGGAAAGGUUCCUCACAGAACAGCAACGACCGUUCGCCCGAAGCGAUCGAGAGCAUACCCAUUAAAACUGCGGAUUUCGGAUAUUCUUCCAACGGCGCAUCGACUCUUGGAAUAUUACGCAAGAUAGAUGGAAAUGGCGAUAUUUUGCCGGGGAUGCCGUCGGAGAGCUUCGAUGGAGCUAGCUUUGGUCUCCGCGAACGAUACAAGACCUUGAUCCGGUUAUUGCCAUCCAGGAUGUACGUCGAGAAGUUGGCGGAUAUCUAUUUUCGUGAUAUCAAUUGGCAGUAUUUCAGCAUCGACGAACCCGUAUUUAGGGAGUUGAUGGAGAAGUGGUACAGCAUGCCAUUCAACGUUCUAACGACUGCAGGCCCACAAGCUUUAGAUCCGAUGCUGAGGGCUUUCCCAGCUCUUCUCUUCCAGGUCAUAGCCUCGUCUCUUCUAUACCUACCCGAAGGAACCGAGGAGACUUUCGAGUCGUUAAAAUACACGAGCAACAUGACAUUCGAGGAUUUGGCGUUUGACUACAGCGAGUCGGGUGUUUCUAUAAUGUCGCUUCUGGGAAAACGUCAAAUGUCCAUCAUGACCGUGCUGGCUGGUUGGGCGAGAGCCGCCUUCCUCAAAUAUACCGGCAUGGUUACUGAAUCUUGGCAUCAAGUGGGGACCAGUAUUCGAGAUGGACAAGAAAUUGGCUUGCAUCGUGACCAGAUGGAUCCCCAACCGACCUCAGAAGACUCGACAGAAGAGGCAUUAGAAAAGAUGUGGAUGGCGCAACUGCGACGGAGGGUUUGGAUGACACUUCUCGGAUGGGAUGUACACACGGGCGCCGUCCUCGGCAGACCUACUAGCGUAGACUACCGUCUUUUGAACCGGAGUCUUCCGGUUGACUCGAUCAUCCCCAAGGAUAGGAGGAAAUCCCCUAUAGUGCAGCGUGGCGAAAACGACCCACCGACGCCUCUAACGCGUGCUUUGUGGUCCUGGGAGCUCUUGCGACCGUUGCGAGAUAUUCUUGACCUAGAGAAAGAAGGGCCAUUCCCAAAAGAUUUCUCUAAAGUCGAAAAAAUCCACCAAGAGUUGUUAGAUCAGCAAGCCAGGACCCCGCCACCAUUCCGUAUGGAAAAUCCAGACACGCGGUUUGAUGACCAACCAGAAUGUUGGUGGUUGCCGUAUGUGCGGCCGACUCUACCCCAAAUUACUAAUUUUAACAUAAUGGCGCUACACCGUCCAUAUGUUUUCACCCGACAUACUAGUCGCCACGAAGCGCUCAAGGCGAGUUUGGGCAUGCUCGACGCGCAAAGAGUGUACUUUGCUCUGCUGAAACCGCAGCAGCACAAGACGUUCACGCUCUUUUUCGGCACAUUCGAUGCUAUUAUCAUGAUCGCAUCGAUAUACAUCUUAUUUCCGAGAGAGCAUGGGGAGAUGUUGCCAACGGUUUGGCAGCAUUUUGAGUGGGCCAUCGAACGUUUCGAUAAGAUGUCUAGUCGGAAUCGGCUCGCGUCAGCCGCAUUAGGGGUUCUGCGCGCGAUUUACGUACGCUUCAAAAAGGCCGUAGGUUGUAGUGUUCUGGCCAAAAGCAUUAGUGAGGCAAAUGGUAACUCUACAAGCUGUAGUGGAACAUCUGGGAGUUCUUCUGAUAUGCAGACGCCUGGUUCCCAGUCUGACCUUUCUUCGCAGAACCCAAGCACUGCAUCAAGCAACAGUGCUUCUUCAGCAUUGCCGACAAUAGCAGACCGAGGUGGAAGCGUUAGCUCUAGCGCGGGAUUGACGCCGGGGUCGGGGGCUGAUAACAAUAACAUAUUCGCAAAUGCGGAUUGGUCGCUACCCACCGACUUUGACUUCAGUUCCAUAAUGCCCAUGUAUCCCUUGGGUGAUAUCGCGUAUAAUGAUUUGACGGCUAUACCUGCUAAUGAUGGGGCACCCACAACUUGGCCGGAGACGUUUCCGACUACGAUGGCAGGGACGACCGGUCUUGCGCCGAGUGCAUCGGCCGGACCCACGGAGGAACAGUCAACGUGGCAGUUUAGCGGCGAAUUUGACACGGGCGCUUUGUGGCCCUUGUUGAACCAAUUCCCGACUUAUUGAUGAUUUAGUCAGCUUACGAGGUUAAAUGAUGUAUGUUUUUGGAUAUACGAAUAGGGAUCAAGCGUUGUUGAAAUAAAACGAAAAAAAUAUUAUUUAUAAGUCAUGAUAUCACCCUUGCCGUUAAUUCUUGGUAAGGGGACUGGAGUUUAUAAAAUGCUGUCUUGACGCUACUACGCAAGUCCGAAGUGAAUUGUAUUUCCGAUGCUAUGUACUUGUUCGUUUUGUAUGUCCCCUUUGGGGGGGGCUGUAGGGCAGAUAGCUUAUCUCCGAAAGUAGGGGGGUGUGAUUGGUGAGGGGGCUUAUGUCCGACGGCUUUUAUGUACUUUCCUGGAUGGCCUGCGCCUAUACGGCGUUGGGUGAAUAAGGAUGGAGCUUGUGGUGGCUUCAAUUUGGAGAUACCAUUAUUAUAUUUAUGAGCG